CCUAGUCGACGGACCAGAGAGACGCAACAAUAUCCAAUAUCUCCGAACUUGGUCGAGUGUUUUUCAGCUCGCAAUUGAUAAUAUGCCGUAGGUGGGGCCCAGCGGAUCGUGAGCAGCAGCAGCGCGAUGGCCUACAUCAACAUCGCCGAGUGGACGCCCGACCAGGUCACCGACUGGAUCAGAGGUCUGGAUGAGUCCAUGAAGGGGUAUUUGUACGAGUUCUCCAAGCAGGAGAUCGGCGGUCGGGCCCUGCUUAAUAUUCGACCCUACGAGCUGGAGAAUCUGGGCAUGCUGCGCAUUGGCCAUCAGGAGAUCGUGCUGGAGGCGGUGGAGAACCUGAGGAACUUUCACUAUCACCUGAAAAACGACAAUCUACAGUUCAUGGCUUUGCAUGUGGCCACUGCAGCGGGCAAUCUGCAUCGCGAGCUGGCCAGGAAUCAUGCGGAGAGCACCAAGAUCGAUACGCGGAUACUGCACGAUAUCACCCGAACGAUAGCUACGCUAAAACCGCUGGUGGGCAGCCUGGAACGAACGCCCUUUCGCAAACAGGAAAUGUACCGCGAAUACUGCGGCAAUGUGCUCAAAUGCGGCCUGGAGCUGGCCACCAUAGCGCAUCGCGAUAGGUUCGCCCUGCAGCCGGUGCCGGCGAUUCGUCAGUCGGCGGAGCGACUGGAAAAUCUGGCCAAUUUCGUCAUCCAGGACAUUUCCGAUCCCAUGGUCCUGCAGCCCGCCUCCUUGAACCUGGUGACGCUAAAGAAGCGCGAAUCCGAGCUGGGUUUCAACAUAGAAUCCAGCUAUAAUGGUAUUCACCGCGUCACGGACAUCAAGUACAAUUCACCUGCUCACAAUUCGGGAAAGAUCGAAGAUGGCGAUGAGAUUGUGCAGAUCAAUUAUCAAACUGUGGUGGGCUGGCAGCAUCGCACGGUGCUGGAGCAUCUGAGGGAAGCGCUGCCCGAUGUGGUGCUUACGGUGAAAAAGCGACCGAAGCAUACGAAGAUGUUUGGCCAGAUCUACAUGCAGCCUUACAGGUUGCCCAGCAAAAAGAGGAACAUGGCCAACCGCUGGGCAGAGCAGAUGCCGAGUCCCAGGACUGCUUUCCUCACUUUGGAUACCGAUCCAAUGGCAACGGGUGGAAUGGGAAGCGUACCGACGAAUCCCAGCAAAUCCCUAAGCAGCGAGAAGCGUGAGCUGACCAAGGUGACAAACCCAGUUUCCUCGGCUUCCGAUUCCGAUUCCAGCUGCAGUGAUAUUCCCACGCCCACGGAUCCCAAGCUGGCAGCCCGUGAGAUACGUUUGUACUACCCCAAACCAAGGGCUCUGCUGCAGCGGAGAAACACCAUUUGUGGGGAUGAGUUUCUGAGCCUGAAACACUCGGAUUUGGUGGUUCCCUCAUGGCACGAACGAAAGCCAGGCGUUGGCUCGCCCGCCAAUUGCGAUCCCAGCUCACCCAGCAUUCGCGACAAGUCGAUAUCCUUUGGUUAUGGCCUGGAAAUUGCCCCGCGACCCACCACUUGCAUUGGAAUCACCGGCGAUACGUCGACGGACAGGGGAAAGCGGAUGUUCCAUGAGGUGCGGAAGCUAAAACAACUGACGGAGGACUCGCAGCGCGAAUUCCUCGUGGAUCGCUACAAGCCCGGCGUCAGCAAAGUAGUAAGAUUCGAUGCCAAGGAGGAUUAUGUGAUGAAGAACGAAAAGUUCAUCUGCAAUGUGGAGAACACCAUACUGGAGACCUUCGAGCCGAUUCCCUUUGCGGACGAGGGCGACGAGGAUGCGCUGGAAACGCUGCGCAACUGCAAGACGGAGAAUGCGGAGGAACUCCUAGAGGCCAUUAAUCAGGCCAGCAAAGGUCAGGAUUUGCCCCUGGCGGAGGCGGUUAAUAUGCCGCUCCUGAAUCGAAGGGGCCGCUUGGACAAGAGUCACAGUACUCCAGCCUAUGAUAAUUCAGGCGAGGAAUCGGAUACGCCGCCUGCAAUUGAGCCCAGAAAGGAGUUUCUGCUUGUCACGCCGCCGGCACCGCCACCGCGACCCAGGAAACCAAGGGAAAUGGUGCCGCCACCGCCACCGAAACCCGCUAGCAUGCAGCCAGCUUCUAGCACAACCAGCAUUUCCAUUCCCGUACCAUCGGCUGACUCCUCAGAGAUUAGUGAGCUGCACACGCCCAGCAAAUCGAGAACGCUGACCCUGAAAAAGAAGCACUCGCUAAUGGCCAAGCGGCGGAAUACGAACCUCAAGCUGCUGCCCACGGGAGACAUUCAGGGUCACCUAUACCGCCGCAAAAAGAACCAUCGCGGGGUGACCUACUGGGCCAAGAUAUAUUUCGUGAUGCUGGACACCAUUCUCUACGGAUUUCGCAGCAAGCAGAGUACGAGUGCCAGCCUGGUGAUCUUUUUGCCGGGAUUCACAGUUUCCCUGGCCAAGGAAGUGCACUCCAAGCCGCAUGCUUUUAAAGUUUACCAUACAGCGAAGAGCUUCUACUUUGCGGCAGAGUCGUUGAAUGCGCUUAAUCAGUGGGUGGACUUUUUGCGCCAGGCGUCGCUCAAAGUGCCACCUAAUUCGGCUUCCAAAAGCGGUGGCGAUCUUAAGGAUCUGUAUUCCGAAAACGAUAGCUCCGGCGAGGAAAACGAUGCGCUCGUCACCCAGAACCUGAGCACUCCCUCGCCGCAGGGCAACAAGGAGGCGGUGUCCAUGUCAAUGGUGCUCUCGGGUGGCACUCCUCCCUCUUCAGCGCCUAUAAAACAUGAACGCGGCUACCUGGAUUCGUUUAGGAAGUUUACGAACACUUUUAAGAGCAGUGCGGCCAAACCCUCGAGCGAUAUUCCCGUGCCCACGGAGCAGUAUCGUAGCUAUAGGAAAGUGCCCGGUGGAAGCUUUGGCAUUCAGAUAGGAGCCAAUACCCCGGGCUACCAUGACCCAGCCAUGCCGCCCACGCAGAUACCACCUCUGCUAGGGCCCAAACUAUCCCGCAGUUCAAGCCGCAGUUCGGUGGUCAGCGGCACAGAGUCGGCCGCCUCCAUUCUGGGUCCGCCCACCUCGCCGGCGCCCACCACGCCCACAACGACUUCCCUGCAGCAGCAGCAGAGCAGCAGCACCGAGGAGAGUCCCAGCCAGAGUCCCAGCAGCAAGUCGAGUCUGAAGAAGGCGCCGUUCAACUUUCUGCACGCCUCGAAUCCGAAUUUGGUGGAAUUCGAUUUCCACACCUCGAAAACCCUGCUGCCCAAGAUGUCGGUGGGCAGCACGUUGGAUCAUGGCCACAAUACCCAAGGCUUUGUGACGCUCAAGGAUCUGAUGCUGCGCAAACAGGAGGAGGAAGCCCAGGAGAUGUACAACAAUCGGGUGCACUUGGGCGUGGAGAAGCACAAGCAUGCGAGAACGGAGUCGACGGCCAGUCAGCAGAGCUCCCUGAGCAGCAGCUUGGUGAAGCCGCUGGAGAAGCUGCCCAAAAUACAGAGCGUUAGUCUGCCCAAGACGCCGGACUACGAGAUUAGCUUCAAGCCGGACGAUGAGAGCAUCAAGCGGACGCGAACCAAGGAGGGUCAGAAGCUGCGCGACUUUGGCUACGAGCUGAUUAGCGGCGAUGAGCCGCCAUCAUCAUCGAGUAGCCAUCAUCAGCAGCAGCAGUUGCAGCAGCAUUUGCAGCAUCAUCAGCAUUUGCAACAGCAACAUCAGCAGUUGCAACAGCAGCAGCCCAGCAAGACGAAGCACUUUCUGCGCUCCCAGCAGCUGCAGCUCUCCAGCUUCCUGCACAAAACCAGCUCCGGUUCAGGGGCAGAUCAGAAGAAGUCGAAAGGAAAGUCGAGCAGCGAUCGGAGGUUUCCCUUCUCCAAACACUCGACGGGCUCCUCGGGCAGUGCAAUGACCAUGACGCUGCCGCUGAACAAGAAAUCCAAAUCAAAUCACGCAUUAGAUGGAGGCGGAGGAGGCAAUGGAAUGGCCAUCAUAAACCCCGGCAGCAGCAUCAAGAAGAGCCAGACGUACAAUCAGGAUUUGCGCGACAAGAUUGUGGGCACCAAGUACGAUGCGCAUCGCAAGAACUCGGCUCCUAUAGCAAUCCUUUCGAAGCUCUCGAUUUCGAGUGGAACGCCGGCGAAGCCCUCCAAGGAGAAUCGAUUCCUGGGUUCCCCACUGCUGCAUCGCACGCUUUUCGGUCAUCAUCAUCAUCAGCAGCAGCAGCAGCAGUUAGUUACUCCCCCGAGCAGCGCGGAUCCGGAUGGCGAUCAGGAGAUCUUCAGCCAGAUCACUUUGCCCACGCAGAAUCAGGCGGGCUAUCGCAGCUACCGGGGUCCCGGCAUAGUGACCACUUCGACCACGAAUCUCUGCUCAUCGGAGGGACUGCAGCCGCCUUUGCCGCCAGCUCCGCCGCCUCCGGUGAUGGCUAACAGGCAAAGGGAGGAGGAACCUCCAGCGGAAGCUGCGACAUCAACGGAGAGUGGAGCAGCCACUCCGAAGGUCUCCAGCUCGGGUUCAGUGGACUCCAAGGCAGCCACGCCGGAUUAUCCCAACAUGAAGUGUCCGCCUGUUUUCGAGCCGGAAAUCUAUUCGCUCAGCGACAACAGCUUGUCGCGUUUAAUGAUGCGGCAGCCCAGCAGCAGCGGAGGAGGCGCCACCACCUCCACCACCAGCAACAACAACAAUAAUAACAACACCAACAACAACACCAACAGCAGUCCCAGUGGCAGCGAACACCAACAUCAGACCUAGAAACUUAAAUCUAAAAAUCUAGUUGUGUGAUGAAAACUAUUGUGAAUGCUCGCGGGGAUUAGCCCCCGUUUACUUAUGUAUUUAUACACACGCAUAUAUAGAGAUAUAUAUAUUAUAUAGCGAUAUUCUAUAGGUUUAUACAACUUGUUCAUUUUGAUCGUCUUCCCUGUCUUCACACGCAUUACCUGCAAUUCGCAAUCCGAAAUCCCAAUCCCCCCACUUAGAUUGUAAAUGUUAAUCUGCCUUAUUUGCAUUGUAUUUCGGUUCUAGGCAAAAUGUUCUACACACAUGUAUCUAUCACAAAACAAUGGAUUAUAUAGCAAAAAGAGAAGUAAACUUAGAAAGUCUGUGCGCGCAUCGAUUUAUGAUUUGCCUUUGUACGCGAUUAACCAAGUUAAUCCGAGCUGUUUGAUUUGCUCAACUGUUUGUGUCUAGAGUGCAUGUACCAUAUUACAUAGAUUGUGCGAAACGAGAUAUUAUCGUAGCGGUUUCCAGCGACGCCAAUGGAGCCACAAAUGUUGUAGCGAAUAAUAAAAUAUAUAUAUACACAAUUACACGAAAUAUACAUGCAUACGAAUAAAGUCAACUGUAUAUAAUGAAAA